AUGCUUCAAGGCUCCCCAAAGGAUAGCAAAAGGGUCGAUCUUAUCCAACGGCAGCUCUUCAGGAAAAAGCUUGUGGCUGUUGGAGACGGGGCCUGUGGAAAAACCUCCUUGUUGAUUUCUUACUGCAGAGGGGAAUUUCCGGAGGAGUACAUCCCCACUGUGUUUGAAAACUAUGUCACGGAAAUUUCUUUAGACGGUGGCAGGGUCAUUGUUGACAUGGCGUUAUGGGAUACUGCAGGUCAAGAAGAUUAUGACCGUCUGCGUCCACUUUCGUAUCCAGACUCGGACAUUGUUCUGCUUUGUUUUUCGAUUGAUGCGCCAGACUCGCUACGCAGCAUCAUUGAAAAGUGGCAUCCGGAGGUUUCCCAUUUUUGCGAUGGUGCUCCAGUAAUUCUGGUGGGAUGCAAAUCCGAUUUGAGGGAUGAUCCAUCGGUGAUCGGCCGUCUGGCGCGGCUGAACCAACGGCCCAUUUCAUAUGAAGAGGCCUCUGACGCUGCGUACAGAAUCAAUGCCUACAGAUACGUUGAAACCUCGGCAAAGGUCAAAGAUGGCCUUUCCGAUCUAUUUGCCACAGCAGCAAGGGCCUCCAUAGCAAAAGAACAAAGCUACAAACCGGAGGAAAGGAAAAGCAGCCUCGUACCCACACUACUUUCCCCGGCACAGCGAAGGGCGCCAGCCGCCAAAAAACACGAAUGCUCCAUGAUGUAG